GCUUCUCGACUCGCGGUUCACUCUUUUGACAAAACCCUAAUUACCAGUGGAACUGGGGGGUUAAGGUUCAGAGUCACCUACGAAGACUCCAAAAACAUUCAGCAGCUGACGCCCAAUUUUUUGCCGCCGGUACUCAAUAACACUUGACGCUGACGCAUCUCCGGAAAUUGGGUUUCUUAUUAACCUAAGAAUAAAAUGAGAUUAGAGAAGUGUUGGUUCUGUUCCUCCACCGUAUAUCCAGGGCACGGAAUUCAGUUUGUUCGCAAUGAUGCAAAGAUUUUCAGAUUUUGUAGAUCUAAAUGCCACAAGAACUUUAAGAUGAAGAGGAAUCCUCGUAAAGUAAAAUGGACCAAGGCAUAUAGGCGGUUGCACGGAAAGGACAUGACACAGGAUUCAACCUUCGAGUUUGAGAGGAAGAGAAAUAGGCCCGAGAGAUAUGACAGGAAUCUCACAGAGAACACCCUGAAGGCCAUUAAGACAAUCGAUAAAGUCAGAGUAGAUAGGGAGGCUAGACACCAUGCACGAAGGAUGAAGGGGAAGAAAGCCAAGGAGCAGAGGGAGGCAGCAAAGGAAUUGGAGCAGAGCAUUGACAUGGUCAAAGCUCCGGCUGCACUCCAACAGGAGCCAUCUCUUACACUUCCAAAAAACAAAGUCAAGGUCUCUCAGCCGCAAGCAGAGGAGAAUCACCUCAUGGAGGAGUGAGUUCAGUAGUUUAUUUGUUGCUCCACCCAGUUGUUGUCCAUCUAAUUAUCUUAGGCUGUUACAUUUUAUUUACUUCCUGGGACGUGUUUGUAUUCCGUAGAAAAGCUUUUGUUUGGGAUUUGGCAUUGCUUGCAUGAAGGAACCUCAUUAUUGUUUUUAAUUUUAGAUACACAUCCUUUGAACCUUAUAUAUUACUGAUUAUUAAA